GUGAACUAAGGCGAUAAUAAUGAGAUCGUUAACUCUUGAUAAUGCCGAUAUAUGAUUUUUUAGAAAGUGGAAUCCCUGAUUACAGAAAUGUAAGAAUCAUUGCAGAUGUAGGGGAGGAGAAUCCAGUGGCUUCGCGUUCGUGUAAUGAAUGCACUCUCUCCAACAAGCGCAUCAGUCAGCCCAUAGUCAGCAAGACUACAAGUAUGUAGUCGCCAACGAAAUGAUGACAAAAAUCUUAGGUGUUUAGUAACUUCUCCCCGGUUGAAUUGAAGAGGUUCAAACCGCAAUCUAGGCCAUUCACAGCCCCUACUCCGCAUUGCAGUUACGAAGUCCCAACCCCAAUCGUUUUUAGCCGAUGCGUUCUUCCGUCCAUUUGUGGCGAUGAUUCCUGCGAGUGAUGAGUGGACUCGUGAGGGGAGACGGGAAGAGAGACAAUGUAAAAAGAAACGAGAUAAAGAAAGAAACUUGUUAGAUAGGAGUAGCGACUGGGUAGCACAGAUGAUCCUACUGGAAAACUCAGCUAUCGUCCAACAAACGCAAUGUUCGCCUUCUCAAUCAUCACAGUAAUAUCACUUGUAACCGCAGCAUCAAGCCAUCCGCUGCUACAACCGAAGGCGCCAUGUCGGCCCAUGGGCAACGGCACGAUCAACAUCGGAUCCUAUCAGCUAUAUCCCGAGAAUGUCGACUUUGACGAACAAUCCUGUCUGCUCUGUAAGUUCUCAGAAACGCAAUCCCAAGAGAACCUUGGUCACAUCGGCGCCCUCUACAAUGCCUCGGUGGUAGUAUACGACCCGUACGAAGGAUCCGUAGUCUCAACGAUCGAGUUCGCCAACAUCACACGGACACCACCCUUCCACAUCGGCGGCGUAGCCUGGGAUCCGUACCUGCAGAGCCGCGACGGCAAGUCCGCAGACGAGAUCACGAUCCUCGUGGAUGCGGCCGCAGCACACGAAACAGCCGGCCGCGACAUCUCAGGCGAUAACUACCUAAUCCGCUACUCGCCGUCCACGCACUCCGUCCUCUGGUCAACGAACCUAACGCGCACAUCCGGGACGCGGUACGGCGGGCCUCAAGACAUAGAACACGACGCGCGGGGCAACAUCUACGUACUAGGUACGUAUCCAGGCACGAUCCAGCGGGUGUCGCGCACAGGCGGUCUCGCAAGCGAGUGGUUCGUGCCCAGCACCAAGCCGCUCGACCACGCCGUCGUCGGAUACACGGGUUUCGCCGCGGUGCGGGAUAGUUCCGUGCUCCUCGUGACGGACGCGCGGAACCGCAGUGCCGAGGGCGGGGCGCUGUAUACGUUCGACAUGGAUGCCUCGAGGGGCGCGCCGAGGGUAGUUCCGAUUGCGUAUGCGGAAGCAGACCAAGUGAUCCGUCCCGCGGACGCGAUCUAUCUCCCGCGGAAAUACGGCGGCGAGGUCUUGUUGAUCACGGAGCACGACGCGGUGUCUGUGGUGCGGUCCCGCAAGGGAGGAGGGGGAAAGGGGGAGAAGAGCCCGUCUUGGCGCGCCGCCGAGUUCCUAGGGCGCAUUCCGAACCCGACCGAGCUCGCGUCGAGUGGCGGGCUCGUGACGGCUGCGGUCGAGAUCGGCGGGCGCGUCUACAUCGUCGAAGAGUGGUUUACCGAUCCCUUGGUCCCGGGGACGUCGGCGGGGAACAGGACGAGUUUCCCGCUGGUUGAUAUCACGGCUCAGCUAGAUGCGUUGGUCAAUCGACACUAAAGGGAAACAAGAGAUAGGUAGCCUGAGAAGUGUGAAAGUGUGAAAAAGGGGAUGGUAGUAGAAAAUCAUUGAUUUGAUAGUAUCAACAAAUGCCGGCUAUUCUCCGGUGAGCAAUGGUGAUAUUUCUGAUGUGAAUAUCUAGCCACCUAAGUCUAAGUGAAGUAGUUGAUCUGAUGACGUGUUAACCGUUUAGCUUCCAGA